UCUGCCAUAAGCUUUAGAAGAAGAAAAAAACCACCGCGGCAGCAGGAACAACAACAAGAGAGAAGUGAGUGUGGCUGUCAUUUGAGAUGACAGUUGUGAAAGCAGAAGAACCACACUGAAAGGAAGCCAUGUUCGAGACCUUCAGAGAGCGACUACACAUGGUCCAGCAGGACUUCACCACCGGUUUGAAGACCCUUGGAGAUAAAUCAAGGGAAACUAAGAUCAAAAGAAGACCCAGGAUUGAAGAAAGUCCACCUUGUUUCAGUGCUGGUGUGGAAAUCCUCAGCAGAUAUGAGGAAAGUUGGUUCCAGCUCCAUAAAAGAACCAAAGACUGUGGUCAGACUGCAGAGGCAGUAGAUGGCGACAUAGUCAUGCUGUCAGCUCACUGGGAGAGAAGAAGAUCAGCUCUGACACAGUUACAGGAACAGCUGCAGAUUUUACCGACCUUCAUCAGUGAACUGGAUGCCAUCACUGCUAACAUAGCUCAUUUAGAAGGAGACUUUGAGGAGAUGGAGAGCAGACUGACGUAUCUGGAAACACUGUGUUGUCAGUGUGAACAACAGACGUUAAAACAACAACACAUCAAUCAACUGGAAGCUUAUAAGAAGAAGAAGAGGAAGGAGCUGGAGGUUCUAGAAGCGGAACUCAGCUCUGAACACGCUCAGAAGGUAGCAGAGCAGGAGCAGGCCAUGCAGCAGAAACUACGAGAACGACAGAAAGUCUAUGAAGAAGCUUUUAACCAGGACAUGAAGCAGUAUCUGUCCACGGGACAACUGCAACAGAGAGAGUCAACAGGAGCUGAUGUGAGUGUUUUGGAUCACAUGACGGUGACCAACUUGUCAGACCAGGAAGCGCUAGAUGACUUCCUGAACUCAUUCAGUGAUGACAUCAGCACCAGAUCGUCACUCACUUCAGGUCCAGACCUCGAGUCCCUCUCCUCCACAACCUCACAGGGCCAGACAAACAAAUCACCAACUGCAACCAGUCAGAACUCUGACCAGGAUGCAGUGUGGGAGAGAGUGGAGGAGGUGGGCAGUGAGGAUAGUGAUGAACCAGUGGUGCAGUCAGAUGAAGAGGACAUUCAGCCUGAUACCUCACUGGUGGCCCUGCAGGUUGUAUCGAGGAGCUCUGACGAGAGCGACUCUGCAACAGACACGCCCUCUAGUUAACCCGACGACCUCCAGGCUCCAGAUGCUGGAUCUCAACGUUAACCUGCUGAUGACCUGCCCUUAGGUCAAGAAGAACACUUUCCUUUUUUUGAAGUCAUGAAAGUGAAAUUUUCAUCACCAUGGUCCCAGGCUGUUCAAGAUGGAAAUGUGUUCAUGAGUGAUAAUCACAGGUGGAAGACAAACCAAUGCCAAUCACAGUGUGAUGUGUUUGCCAGGAUGAGUGUGUUGCCACAUUGUCACUUUGUUCUGAUGGAUAGUGAAGAGGCCUUUUGUGUAAUUUUUUUCCAUUUAUAUAUUCACCGCAACCUACUAACACACAGUCACUCUACUGAAAUAUUGGUUUUGUCAGUUUUUUCCCACAUGUCUGUCAAAUGUGGAAUACAUCUGUCAAACAGACUAAACCAACCUGGUGCAGUGACACGAGCUGUUGCUCUAGUUUUGAUGCUUCCUCUAACAUUAGUCCUCUACUCGUGAACAAAGACAGCUUUGACUGAUCAAUGCUGUGGUUGGAGUCUUUAAAAUCAACAAAAAGUCACUGUCUUCCUGAACUGCAGGGCCAAAAGAACUGAACAUGUCUAAAAUGUCGAUCAUGCACUUGUGGCUAGCUUCUUUUUUUUUUUUUUUUUAAGUGAUACCGUACUACACUGAAUAAUUAGCAAUCAUAUGGAGUUAUUUUCUGCAGAUUUAAACAGAUUUUUACAUUGUAAGUAAAAUAUGACAUUUACUUGCUGCCUAACCUCAUAUCCAUAUUGUGCUGAUUUACAGCUAUAAUAAACAGAAUUUGCAUUAUGAUAUUGAAGGUUAGCAGUGCUGUGUAGAUGAAAAGGUAAUGAGCAUGUGUAUAACUGAUCAACAGUUGAUGCAGUUUAUUUCUAUUAAAUUAGAUUAUUAAACUUCUAAUUUACUAUGUUUUGCACUUAGUUUCAGAACAACUCUGUUCCAGACAAUCAAAUCACGUUUCUUUUUUUUUCUUCUUAAAAAGCUAAAAAUAUCUGUUUCAGUACACCCACAUGCUUUAAAUAUAAACACUGUAAGAUCAACUGUGUCUGGAUGUGUAUGAUUUUAUUUUUAAUCUUUUUUUUUUACACUGACUAACUUCUUAAAAUAAAUAAAAAUUAGCAAAUUAACGUCA